CCUUUAACCCUCAGUUGCCGUACUUGUGGGUUUUUAGGUCAUUGUAGUGAUGUUUUUUAAAUUGAUGUGUAAGCUAAGCAUGUCUGGUUUUGUGUCUGGUCAAAGAAUAAAAAUAGGUUGUUUUAUGUUCUUUUCCUAUUUUAAUUCAAUUUGUAGCAUGCAGAGAUCAUAGCUGGGUUUGGGCUUCCCUGCAUUCUAUAUAUAUAUGGACUUGUGUCCCCACAGUCGAAAUAGAAAUCGAAAGAUUUCAUUUCCACAGAUUAGAUAUCAAGUGUUUUUUGUGGAUAAAGUUGAUCCAGCUUGUACAAGGUGAUCAAGCAUCAUGUCAAAGCUAGGGCUUUCUUACCACCAAAAUGCAGCUUAUAAUCCUCUGGAUUUAUCUCUGCAGAUAAGUCUAAGUCCCCCCAAUCCUGAGUGUACUUCAUCUACGAGUAACCAAGGACAAGAUGUUGUCUUGGACUUGUGGAGCAGCAGCUCUAGUGCACAAGUUAGGUCUAAUAAUAGCAGUAGUGUUACAGAGAGCUCUGUGGUAACUAAUUUGAGCACAGGGAGUGAUAAAAGCCAAGAGGAUGCAACAUCCAUGCACUUGUGUAUUGGUGGGUUUGCAGAGAAUGAGAUUAAUGGAAGAGGGAUUGGAUUUGAUCAGCCUGCAAUACAUUCUUUUCAGCUUGGAGGGAGUAUCAAUCAAGGGCUUCCACCCCAUCUUAUUUGUAAUCCUCUACACUCUGAUAGAAGCAGUAUAGCAGUGCAAGGUCUGCCAUUACCAGGCCUGAUCCCUGAUAAUCAUCAUUACAUGGCUGCACAAGCUGGGGAAAGGUUUAUUAGAGGUGAUUUUGUGAAUCAGUGUGAAUUUCCUGGCCAUCCUGAACUGGGUAUGGGAAUUUCUCAGGAUCAUAACAGAAAACCUGAGAUUGUUUCUAGGGAAAAUUGUGGCUUUGCUGACAGUGGGUAUAGAUCAAGAUUUAUGCCUUCAAAGUUGCCCAAUAAAAGAAGCAUGAGAGCCCCCAGGAUGCGUUGGACUAGCACCCUUCAUGCCCAUUUUGUACAUGCAGUUGAGCUCCUUGGAGGCCAUGAAAGGGCAACACCCAAGUCAGUUUUAGAGCUCAUGAAUGUCAAGGACCUCACUCUUGCUCAUGUAAAGAGCCACUUGCAGAUGUAUCGAACAGUGAAGACUACUGACAGACCUGCAGCGACAGUGCCUUGUGAUACGUUUGGAGAUUCUUCCAUGAAAAAAUCUGAAGAUUUUAUGCCCAGUUUCAUUUCUUCUUCAAAAAUCAACCAGACAACAAGUAAAGGGGAGAUAGAAACCGAUCCUAAUGUUAGUGAAGUGAAUGAAGGAGGCUUAAAAACUACAGUAUUUCAUGAACACCAGAAAAAAUUCUACCACCAGAAUUUACAGAACAUUUCUUCAAGCAAUGAUAGCAUUGGAAGCUGGUCAAGAAAUCUACUUCAACUGGACAAUAACAGUUUAUCUCAAUCUCAUCUUCACACAUCCGCUGAUCAGAAUGAGUUGGCUCAUCAGAUGAAGUUGGACCAGAAAUCCCAUGUACGUCAGGGCAACACUUUACAGAACAACCUUCCACGCUGCCAUAAUACAAUAGUCUCUUCGCAACUGAUGAUUCCAAAGGUUUCAAGCUUUCCUGAUUUGGAGUUCACUUUGGGCAGAUCAAGUUGGAAAUCAGCAGAACAUUCUGAUCAGUUCCCAGAAGAGCUUCCUCUCCUAAGAUGUUAAAAGGAAAUUAAAACCAUUGAUAAUGGUUUUAUGUUUUGUUGGUUGAGGGGAAAUUUUACACUAAAAAAAUGGAGUAUCAUAUGGUGUAGAAUGAGUUGAGAUUGAGAUUGAGGGUAUGUGUAUAGGGUUGCAUUUUUAAUCUCCCCGAGUGAAUUAUCAACAGAAAAAUUGUUAUGCCAAAGCGCAUAAGGUACUGCACUGCUUAUAAAACUCUCAACCUAACAUGUUCCGAUAUUGUAAGAUAAAGAGGAAUUCAAGAUUCUGUUUCAAAAUUAUUUGAUUUCAGAAUCAAUGCUUUUUGUA